AUGAUUGAGGACAGCGGAAAAAGGGCGAAUAACAUGGCCGACAAAAGGCAGUUGUUUGCAGAAAUGCGGGCUCAAGAUCUGGAUCGCAUUCGUCUGUCCACAUACCGAACAGCAUGUAAGAUUCGAUUUGUACAGAAGAAAUGUAACUUGCACCUAGUAGACAUAUGGAACGUUAUAGAAGCCCUUCGGGAAAACUCAUUAAACAACCUUGACCCCAACGUAGAGUUGAAUGUGGCGCGGUUGGAGGCUGUGUUAUCAACGUUAUUUUACCAACUCAAUAAGAGAAUGCCGACCACUCACCAGAUCCAUGUGGAACAGUCCAUAAGCCUGUUGUUAAAUUUUCUGCUGGCUUCUUAUGAUCCGGAAGGACAUGGUAAAAUCACAGUCUUUGCUGUCAAAAUGGCUUUGGCCACACUGUGUGGAGGGAAAAUUAUGGACAAACUUAGAUAUAUUUUCUCUUUGAUCUCUGACUCAAGUGGGGUAAUGGUUUAUGGAAAAUAUGACCUGUUUCUGAGGGAGGUGCUCAAACUGCCAACUGCAGUGUUUGAAGGUCCUUCAUUUGGCUACACAGAGCAAUCUGCAAAGUCUUGUUUCUCACAGCAGAAAAAAGUUACCUUAAAUUCUUUCUUGGAUACACUUAUGUCUGACCCACCACCUCAGUGUCUUGUCUGGGUACCUCUCCUGCAUCGACUGGCGAAUGUAGAAAAUGUCUUCCACCCUGUUGAGUGUUCCUAUUGCCACAGUGAGAGCAUGAUGGGUUUCCGCUAUCGCUGCCAGCAGUGUCACAAUUACCAGCUCUGUCAGGAUUGCUUUUGGAGGGGACAUGCCAGUGGUUCCCAUAGCAACCAGCACCAAAUGAAAGAGUACACAUCAUGGAAAUCUCCGGCAAAGAAGCUUACUAAUGCACUUAGCAAGUCCUUAAGCUGUGCUUCCAGUCGCGAGCCUCUGCACCCAAUGUUUCCCGAUCAACCAGAGAAGCCUCUAAACCUGGCUCACAUUGUGGACACUUGGCCUCCCAGACCAGUUACCAGCAUGAAUGACACAAUCUUCUCCCACUCUGUUCCCUCAGGAAGUCACUUUGCAAACACAAUGUCUUCCCAAAAGACCCCAGAAAUGGUACAGAGCCGACAGCUGGCUAGGGCUGCUCCAGUUUUGCUGAAAGGCAAAGGGCUACAGUACAGCCUGGAUGUGGCAGACAGGCUGGCUGAUGAACAUGUUCUCAUCGGGGUAUAUGCCAACAUGCUCCAGAACAACCUUUCACGAAUGCUGGACAGCCCCAGUCGCCUAGAUGAAGAACACAGAUUGAUCGCCAGAUAUGCAGCAAGGCUGGCAGCAGAGACCUCUUCUUCACAGCCUCAACAGAGGGGCCCAGAUAUCUCUUUCACUAUUGAUGCAAAUAAACAGCAGAGACAGCUUAUCGCAGAGCUAGAGAAUAAGAACAGAGAAAUAUUGCAGGAAAUACAGAGAUUGCGAAUUGAACAUGAACAGGCCUCUCAGCCCACACCAGAGAAAGCCCAACAGAAUCCCACUCUGUUAGCGGAGCUCCGACUACUCAGACAGCGUAAAGAUGAACUCGAGCAGAGAAUGUCUGCCUUGCAGGAGAGCAGAAGGGAGCUGAUGGUACAGCUUGAAGGGCUCAUGAAACUGCUGAAGGAACAAGAACUAAGGCAGGCUACUCAGGGGGCAGGUUCCCCUCGCUCUUCCCCCAGUCACACCAUCAGUCGACCUAUCCCAAUGCCUAUUAGGUCCGCAUCAGCUUGCUCCACCCCAACCCACACUCCACAGGACUCCCUGACUGGUGUCGGUGGAGACGUGCAAGAAGCAUUUGCACAGGGUGCAAGAAGAAAUCUACGGAACGACUUGUUGGUGGCAGCUGACUCCAUCACUAAUACCAUGUCUUCUCUAGUGAAGGAGCUGAAAUCUGAUGUGGGAAAUGAAGGUGAGCCCAGUGUGGAGACAGACUAUGGAAGAGUUCACUUUGAUGAUCUGGUUCCAUCACCAACAUCAGAGAAAGCUUUCCUUGCCCAGAUCCAUGCCAGAAAACCAGCAUACAACCAUAAUUCGUCUGCUUCUGGCAACAUUCGCACUGACAUGGGGACUGAAGACCCAUAUAACAGGCAGGAUGGUGAAACCUAUGAGAAUGACUCUGUACGCCAACUAGAAAAUGAACUGAAAAUGGAAGAGUAUCUGAAACAGAAGUUACAAGAUGAAGCUUACCAGGUCAGUUUGCAAGGCUGAAUGCAUUGUUCUUCUGCCUUCCCCUCUCAAAUAACCAGAAGUACAUAGAAGAUGCACAAGGCUUGAGAAGCAUUGGUCGAUAGUCACCCAUCACAGCGGCAUGGAUAAUGCA